AAAUACAGACACGAUCACACAAAAGUUUUCAAGCUAGCUUAGUAAAGACAUGAGGUACUCCACGACCAAGAAGACCAUCAUGGCCAUAUGGGCCGUGGUGGAGACACUAUUAUUCGGGGGGUUAAUAUUCGGCUGGGGAUCUGUUGUUUUUGUUUUAAAAGAUUCUGGUGUGUAUUCCCAUCUUUGUGAUUCUAGAAGAGACAUUGGUUUUUCUACUACAGCCCAAGAAAUAAAAGGUUGUUCUGAGCAAGAUUCGCGUUUAUCGUUAGUGUUUGCUAUAGAUUCGGCUCUGUAUGGUUUGGGAUGUGCUGUGAUUGGACACAUUAAUUAUACAUUUGGUACUCGAAUAACUCGAAUUAUUUCAAGUAUUAUUUUUAUGACCGGAACAUUGCUUAUGGCAUUUGAAAGUCAAAGUUUACCAUGGUUGGUGUUUCCGGGUUUAGCUUGUUUAGGUAUAGGAGGAAUUCCACUCUUUAUAACUAACGCUCAGAUUGGAAAGCUCUUUGAAAGAGGGGGCCCAACGUUUGUUGCACUUUUAUCAGGAGCAGUCAGUACCUCAGCUGUGGUAGAGCUUGUAGCAAAGAUAGCCUAUGAAAAUGGGUUUGCGAUGAAACAUUUCUACCUGUUGUUAACAGGUUUAUACAGCAUGACUUUCGUGUCCACCUUCUUCUUUCUCCCCAAGGAUUUUAUCACUAAACCCACCGAAACACUGUUUGAUAAAACAUCUAACAAGAAAGAACAGAUUACUGGCAUCAGUUAUAUUUAUUCCCCAGAGUUUGAAUAUUACCAGAUAUAUAACGGAAACAAAGGACAGCGGUACACGAGCAACAAUAAACCCCUGGCUAUAGAAUAUGAUGUAGAAAUAUCUAAAAGUUUACCUUCAUUAAAACAAUGUUUAGUGUCUCAAGAAUAUAUAUUACAAGUUUAUUGGUUUUCUGUACUACAGUUACAAUAUUUCUACUUUUUAUCAUCUAUGAACCCCUGGUUAUCAGAAUUAUUCCAUGGCGAUCAGAAACAAGUGAGUUAUUAUACCAACGCUCUACUAUACCUAAUGAUGGGCAAUUUCAUUCUUUCGCCGAUAGUUGGUGCACUUUAUGAUUGGUUCAAACAUUAUUUUGAGGGAAGUCUAUCUAAGAAACGGAGAGAAUUGAUGCCAGCCGUUAUACCUCUGAUGUGUGGGAGUCUAGCGGGAGUUACACUUGCUAUUUUAGUUUCCAUACCAAGUACCUCAGCCACCCUAAUACCAACCUUUAGUGUAUUGGUCGUAUUCCGUUCUUUUGUUUAUAGUUCACCUACAUCAGUAUUCAGUGCCAUAUUUCCUAGUCAGUACUUUGGUUCAUUAUUUGGUAUAAUGAUAGUGUCGGGUGGUAUUUUAGGAUUGUUUCAAUUCGCGUUAUUUACAUGGUCAGAAGCUACAAGUUUCUUACGGGUAAACCAUUUUCUACUAGCAGUGAUUUCAACAACUUUUAUUCAUCCAUUAUUACAAUGGCGAAGUUGUCGAAAAGCCGAACAGAAUGUGACAAACAAUAACAACAAGAAAGAGACAACGGCUAACGACUGCCAACACCCGCCAUCUUUAUCAGCACCAUCAACAUAAUAAACAUAUGAACCAACAUAUUAUAUCUACCCUUGUAAAUGAAUGUAAAUAAAAUGUGGUAAAAGUCCUUUAA